GUUUUUGAUACUUUGUCCAUUCCUGGUGCUUUAUCUGUAAAAUCAGUGAACGUCAGUAUUGAGGGGGAGCUUGCAGAUAUUGUUGUAGGGCAGCAUAUGCUUCCCUCCUGGUAUUAUACAUCUGCUGAUGCUGAGCGCAAGCAUGGCUUACAUUCACAAAACAGAUGGCAACAACAGAUGGCUUUCUCCAAAACUGUGUAUUCAUUUCAAGUAAAAGAGGACACAUUACCAGGUACAAUUGUGGGAAAAGUGGAAACCCUGUUUGAGAGUCCCACGCCUAUCACAUACUCAGUUCAGGAAGACGACGGGGAGAACCUAUUCCUCCUGAGCCCUUUCUCGGGGGAGUUCCUAUUAUCCCGCAGCCUGGAUUUUGAAACACAAAGAUUCUACAUUAUCACAGUGGAGGUACAGCAGGGGGAAGCACAGGUGUCAGGUGUCAGGGUGUACUUCAACGUGCUGGAUGUGAACGACAACCCCCCCGCUUUCAGUCAGGACGACUACUCUGCUUCUGUGCCGGAGAACAUGCAUGCUGGGUCUUGUUUCCUGUCGCUGAAUGUGUCAGAUAAAGAUGAUGGAGAAAAUCAGAAACUCAAGCUGAGUGUGGUGAGUGGUGAUAAAGCUGGCGCGUUCUACAUCCACUCAACAGGUAGUGUGUGUUUGAACAAAGAGUUGGACAGAGAGAACCAAGCCUCCUACAAUCUGACCCUAAUGGCCAGGGACUGUGUCCAGCCUGCGUCUCUACAGCUCAGCAGUACAGCACGGCUUUUUGUAGCCGUUGAAGAUGUCAAUGACAACGCCCCGUUGUUCAUAUCUGCUGGUACUGUUCGUGUACCAGAGGAUACUCGGUUGCAUUCUGUUGUUAUGACUGUUCAAGCCAAGGAUGAAGACACGGAUUCCAAUGGAGAAGUUCUGUAUUAUCUAAAUGACACUGCUGGUGGAACGUUCAGGGUCAACAGCACCAGUGGGCAAAUACACCUGGAGAUGAUGCUGGACAGAGAAGUGUCAGAUACUCUGACGUUCUCUGUGACAGCUACUGAUCGAGGCUCGCCCCCGUUGGAGACAACAAUGACUGUCACGGUGCACGUGGAUGACGUCAAUGACAACAACCCUGAGUUUUCAAGAAGUAACUACAGCAUGUCAGUCAGAGAAGAUAUUUCCUUAGGAUCCAGCUUGUUUCAGGUCCAGGCUCAUGAUCAAGACAUCGGCUCAAACGGUCAAGUGCGCUACGAGCUAACGCCAGCAAGUCCAUUUGUGGUGGACUCGGUCAGAGGUGUUGUGAUGGUUAUGGAGCGACUUGACAGAGAGGCGAUCGCAAACUACACCUUAAUAAUGACUGCUCUUGAUCAAGGGCUCAGACAGCGAUCAGCCACAGCGACCGUCAGCAUCAUAGUGCUGGACAUCAAUGACUCAGCACCCCGUUUUUCUCCUGAAACGUUGGUCAUUCAUGUCAUGGAGAAUGAAGAGGAACCGUCUCAGCUAAUACAUCAGCUCUCAGCCAUGGAUGAGGAUUUAGGAAUCAAUAGUCAGCUCACCUAUUUCAUGGAAAAAGGUCAUAAUGAUGGUGUAUUUUCCAUCUCUCCUGAUGGCAUGUUUCAGAUUUUACAGACCUUAGACAAAGAGAAGCAAUCGAUGUAUCUUAUCACCAUCACAGCUGUUGAUUCAGGCAUGCCACCUCUGACUGGUACUCUGAAUCUUCAAGUCAUUGUGAAUGAUGUCAAUGACAACUAUCCCCAGUUUCCUAAAGAAGUCUACAACACCAUUGUGGCUGAGGACAGUUCUGUUGGAACAGUGUUUGCCAUCAUAACUGCAUCUGAUGCUGAUGAGGGUGUGAGUGGGGAAAUUAGGUUUUUCAUAGAAAACCUCGAUGCACCAUUUGCCAUUGAAGCAACAACUGGGGAGCUGUUUACAGUAGAUGUCUUAGACAGGGAGACAGUCAGCAUUUACAGACUCACAGUGACUGCAAGCGAUCAGCAUCCCACACAGCCUCUUUCAAGCUCUGUGCUCGUGACUGUGCUCAUUGGAGAUAUAAAUGACAACUGGCCUCGGUUUUCGAACAGCCCCUAUGUAGCUUACGUGCCUACUGAGCUGGCCUCAGGCUCAGUUGUUUGUGCAGUGAGGGCAACAGAUGACGAUGCUGACAUGAAUGCAGAGCUGCGUUACUCAUUAUAUGGACAACUUUCUGAUCUGUUUUACAUCGAUCCUCACUCCGGCACUGUCUUCGCUUCAGGUGUUCUGAGGAACUCCCACGAUAUGAUAAUCAAUGUGCAUGUGGAGGAUGCUGCGGAAAUUCCUAAAUUUGACAUAACCACCAUCAGCAUCAGGUUUCAGAACAUCUCGGACUUUCCUGAGAUGAAAAUGGAUGUUCUCAGUUAUUCUCUGGCUGAGGAUGAACCCGUGGGAACCCUGGUAGCGGUGGUCUCUGCGGCAAGCAUUAGGGCUGAAAACGUCUCUUUCUAUCUUGCUUCUGGAAACUUGGAGGACAUGUUUCAUGUGGACCAAUUACUUGGGACGUUGACCGUGGAGAACCCUCUGGAUUAUGAAAACAUAAAGGAGUUUUCUUUGUUAAUAGAGGCCAGAGAUUCUGGCUUACCUCCUUUCUCAUCAUUUUCAGAAAUUCACCUAAAUAUCACUGAUGUAAAUGAUAAUUCCCCAAAGUUCACUCAAGCGGAAUAUAGGUGUGAAAUAUUUGAGAAUUCCCCACCAUCUGGGUUUUGUGAGGUGCUGGCAAUUGAUGCAGAUUCUCCCGAUUACAGCACAGUGCGGUACAGACUAACUGAGGGAAACAAUGACAACCUUUUUACACUGGAUCCUGAAAAUGGUCUUCUGAGCACCACUGUAAGUUUAGACAGAGAAACUGUUGCAGUUUUCAAUUUGACAGUUGAAGCUUCUGAACCCAACAAUCCAAUUCAUAAGGACACAGCGACUGUCAUCGUGACUGUUAAAGAUAGAAACGAUAACGCACCUCGAUUCUCACAGAUCUUUUAUGCAAAUGUACCAGAAGAUGCUCCAUUUGGACACACAAUUAUAAAAGUCACCUCAACCGAUGAGGAUACUAAUGCUAAUGCAGCAGUUAACUAUUACAUACUUUACGAAAGAGAUAACAUUGUUUUUGAUAUUGACUUCACCACUGGCUAUAUCACUGUCCAAGGGCCUCUAGAUAGGGAGGCACAAGAUCACUUUGUCCUCAAAGUAUGUGCCAACGAUUCAGCAUGGAGUGUAAGCACUGACGUCACUGUCUUUGUUUCAGAUGUAAAUGACAAUAGACCAGUAUUUUCCCACCCUCUUUAUGCAGCUGUCCUCCCCGAAACACAAGAAAAAGACACGUUUGUUUUGCAGGUUCUUGCCACAGAUGCCGACGCUGGGCAGAACAGUGAGCUUUUCUAUGUUGUUGAACCUCCAAAUGAGGAAUUUUGGGUGAAUGCUUCAUCUGGAGAAAUAUAUACAAAGAAACCGCUCCGUUUACACAAUACUGCUUUUAAAGUCUAUCGUUUUACAGUCUUUGCUUUUGACUGUGGCGAUGUCCCACUGUUCAGUAACACCACGGUCACAGUCAGACUGGAGCAAUACAACCACCACCCACCCAUGUUUUUACCUGUACAGCCCCUGGUUGCUAUUCCGUAUCACUUGUCUGUGGGAACUGAAGUAGUCCAGCUUACAGCAACAGAUCUGGAUGUUAAUAGUGGUGCUAUUGAGUAUGAUUUUUAUGGUGGGAAUGCGUCCGAUUUCUUCAGGAUUGAAGCAGGAAGUGGAAAGGUAUUCCUGAACCGAACUUUGUCGGGGAGUGAACAUCUUUUUCUCACUUUGUUAGUUAUCGCCAAAGAUGGGGGCUUUCCCCCUUUAACAUCACAAACCGAAGUAAUCUUUGAAAUAACUGGUAGGAAUCAUUUUACUCCCAGUUUCAGAGAACAAGAUAUGACUUUCACUGUUCCUGAAGAUUUGCCUAUAGGAUCGGUGAUAGGGAAAAUUCAAGCAGAAGAUAAGGAUUACGGUUCCAAUGGUGCUGUCAAGUACUUUAUCAGCACUGAAAACCAAGACUUACCACUGUCUGUUGGUGAAAUCUCUGGGCUGCUGACGCUUAUUGGAGAGCUUGACUUUGAGAUCGAAAGCAUUUUAAAACUCCAAAUUAAAGCCAAAGAUGGUGGCUGGGUGUCAAAAACUGGCACUCUGAAUGUAACAGUAAUAAUUUCCGAUGUAAAUGACAACCCUCCAGUCUUUUCAUCGUCAGAAUAUAUCACAUCAUUGCCUGAAAACUCAGAAAUAGGAACAACUAUUCUUGAGGUGAUGGCCACUGAUGCUGACUCCGGUUCAAAUGCGCAAGUAUUCUAUUCUCUUAUAGCAGGUGACGUUGACAAGUUCGCAAUCGAUUCAAGAAAUGGCACUAUUACCUCUUUGACUGUCUUUGAUUAUGAGCGAGAGCAGAGUUUCGAUAUAACAAUUAAAGCUUCAAAUGUUGGUGGACACAACUUAUUUGGCUUGGCACAUGUUGUCAUCCAAAUCUCAGAUGUUAAUGAGUUCUUCCCAACGUUCAGGAGGAGAGAAUAUAACUUUUCAGUCUAUAAAAAUGUUCCUAUUGGAACACUGAUGGGGAAAGUGACAGCUAUUGACUUUGACCGAGGGCCAAAAGGUCAGGUUUUUUAUUUGAUGUUUGGCCACAGCAUAAACACAGGGUUUUACAUUGAUCAAUUCUCUGGAGAAAUAUAUACAAGAAGCAAUCUGAGGAAGCAAGGGAACAGUCGCAUUGAUUUAAAAGUUUUGGCAAAGAACUCUGGUGUCAUUAUGGGCAUGGAUGUAGAUGAGACUUUGGUCCACAUUGGUGUGAUUGAUACCAAUGAUGCACCUGUAUUUUCAUCCAUUCAAUACGAAGCAAAUAUUACAGAAGACAGUCCAACUGGGAUAUAUGUGCUAACUGUGAGUGCUCUGGAUCAGGACUCUGUGUUGGAGUGGAAUCGAUUCUUCUAUAGAAUUGAAAGUGGAAACACAAACUUUUCUUUCUCCAUUGAUCCACUCAGUGGUGUUAUUUCAGUUAACUCUGCACUUGACAGGGAACUCUGGCCAAUUUAUAAUCUGACAGUUACUGCCAGUGAUAAUGGCUCUCCACCAGCCACUGGGACAGCUAAUGUCGUUGUGACUGUAGGUGAUAUUAAUGACAAUGCCCCCAAACUCACAUCAACUGAGGGUCAAGUCAUGGAAAAUCAACCAGAAGGCACCAUAGUUGCAAGAUUAAAUGCAUCUGAUUCUGAUUUACCACCAAAUCAAGGUCCUUUCACCUAUUGGUUACCAAAUCCAUCAGCAGGAAGUGCUUUUGCACUCACUCCCGAUGGAGUUUUAAUUACCAAAAGGGCUAUUGAUCGAGAACUUAUCUCUGAAUAUCGAGUCCUAGUGGCCAUUAGGGAUGCAGGAUUUCCUUUGCCACUAUCCUCAACAACAACCUUCCAUGGAGGCAUGAUCGGUAAUGUGCAUCCCGAGGACCCUGAUGAAUCUGAUUCAUUCACUUGUGUCAUUAAAAAUGGGCAAGUUACCAUGUUUACAAUACCCAAUGGUACAUGUGAGCUGUGGUCAUCUCCUUUUCAAGGCGAGGCCACGUUUAACAUCACUAUUGAAGCUACGGACCAGCUUCACUUCCCAGUAAACAAUAGUGUCUAUGUUAACUACAAAGGUUUUACAAAUGCUUCCAUUGACAGCUGUGUAUUGUUCUAUGUGUCUUCAUCGUCAAUGAAGGAGUUCUUGUCUAAUAAGUAUUUGAGGUUUGUGAAAGCUUUGGACAGCCUGUUUAACCUGCAGGCCUCAAAGACUCAUGUUUUUGGAAUUAAGCACAUUGGCAAUGAAAUCCUUCUUUUGGCUGCAGUCAAAAACUACAACGGCCAGUAUCUAAGCAGAGAGGUGGCGAGUGGCAUAUCUGCUGGCCAUAAGAAGCUACUGGAAGCUCAGAGCAAUGUGACAAUUUCUCACAUCACCAGUGAUCCAUGUCUCACAAGCCCCUGUCACAAUGGGGCUUCAUGCAACAAAAACAUCUACAUCAGCCAAGAGGUUGCUGUCCUGGAGAGCUUGGCUGUCAUCUUUGUGUCACCCCAGAAGGAGAUUCUUAAUUGUACCUGUCCGGCAGGCUUCAUGGGUUCACUGUGUGAGGAUGACAUUGACGAGUGUAACCCAAAUCCCUGCCGGAAUAAUGGCACAUGCGAGAAUAAUGCAGGAAGUUUCCACUGUCACUGUCUGGAUGGCUUCUCUGGCUCCAUCUGCUCCGGAGAUUUUGACAGCUGUUUGAAUGUGAAUUGUCAAAACGGUGGAACGUGCAUUCCCUCCCAGGAUGGAGAUUACUGUCUCUGUGUGCCCGGUUUCACAGGUGAGUUGUGUGAAGACCUUAUAGAUCACUGCAGAUCUGCUCCGUGCGUUCAGGGCAGCUGCAUCAACCAGCACUCCGGGUUCUCCUGCCAUUGCCCCUUUGGAGUCAGUGGAGUCCACUGUGAGGAGCACAGUUAUGGCUUUCAAGAGCUGUCCUUCAUGGAAUUUCCACCCCUGGAUCGUAGGACUAACCUUAUUUCUUUUGAGUUUGCGACAGUGCAGGAAAACUGCCUCCUUUUUUAUAAUCCUGGAGGAUGGUCCAGCAGGGAGUUCAUGGCACUGGAGAUCCUCGGUGGGACGGUCCACUUCUCUUACGACCUGGGUUUGGGGCCCGUGAGAAUGCAGACCCACAAACAAGUUGCAGAUGGAUUGUUUCACAGUGUUGCUAUCAGGAGGAUUGGUAAUAUGGGGUCUGUGCUCGUCGACAACUGUACAGAUGUUGAAAGCGAUGGAUUUUGUUUCUCAAAGAAUCAUGGUGUAAUCUCAGAAAGGACUCUUGAUGUUGGGAACAUGAAUAUGACAUUUGGAGGAAUGAGAACUCUUGAACUCAUUUUGCUGCAUCCAAGGCAGAUAAAAAGUCACAACUUCGUUGGAUGCAUUCGAAAUAUUCAUGUUAAUGGGAUCCUGUUUAGACCUUCAAUGGCCCUGGCAACAUUUAACGUUUAUGAGGGAUCUGCACCGUGCGUUCAGGGCAGCUGCAUCAACCAGCACACCGGGUUCUCCUGCCAUUGCCCCUUUGGUGUCCUCGAGCUACAGAGCCUGCAUGCAACAGCCUUCCAUGCAAAAAUGGCGGCGUGUGUCACGAUCUCUGAAAUGUCUGAGGAGCUUGUGAUGAGAUUCAAUGGGAAUGACUACAUUGAAUAUGUCACAAAGGAGGGAUUCAAGAGAGAUUACCUGAUGAAGAAUUUGAUGGAUGAUGAAAAAGUGGGAAGUGUCCAACACCAAGUCGUGAUAAGUAUCCGUUUUAAAACCAAAAACGACGGAGUGUUGCUCUUUGUUCUUGGGCUGACAGGUUUUUUUACUCUUAUGAUAAAGGACAGUAAGCCGGUGUACAGCUUCAAGGAAACGGUGUCGGGGCAUCUGUCAGAGGUCACUGUGGGCCAUCGGGUGGCUGAUGGAGCCUGGCAUGUCCUAUCUUUGGUCCUCAAUGGGCAAAAUACUAUUCUGUCUUUGGAUGGUAAACUAGUCCUAAACAGCACUGAGCAAAGCAUCGAUCUGACUCCUGUUAGUGUCGAAAAGACAUUCCUUGGUACUGCUCCGCCAAUGGAAUCAAAGCUUCAACUCUCAGGGUUCAGAGGAUGUGUGCAGUAUGUCAACGUGACUGGCUACACGCUGCCUUUCAGUGGACGGAGUCUGAUGGUGGAGGUCUAUCCCAGCCGGAACCUUCUCCAGCCCGGCUGCAGCUCUGCAGGCCUCUGCCUGCCCGCGCCUUGCUUUGAGGAAAGUAAAGUUAAGAAGUGUCCCACCUUGCAGAAUAGAUCUUGUAUCUGUUUGCGGAACGUAUCGGAACAUUUCUGCGACAUCUGUGAGACGACCGCUGACCGCUGCCCAGAAAGGCAGCAGGGCAGCACGCCCCUGUGGCUCGUUGCUGGGAUUCUUCCUCUUUUCUUGGUGGUUUUAUUAAUCUGUGGUGGAUUGUACAAAGCAAGAAAGAGCAAUACGAAGAGUCAAAUAAGGAAAGGAACAGCAAACACAGCCUUUAGUUUUGAUGAAAACGCAACGUUCACAGGUGCUGUAUCUACAGAGAAAGGGAACCCUUAUGACCCAGUGUGCCCCGGACAGCAGAGGUCAGGUAUGGAAUUUUACUGUGAUGCCAGAGAAGAGAACAACACAACACAUGAGCUGGAGUAUUAUGAAAUUGGUAGUGUCUGUGGUACACUUCCCUCAGACAAUGACUCAGUGAAACUCAGUUGGCGCAAGCAUCCAUUUGACCCAAAACAUGUGAAAGCUGACACGAGACGGUGGAAAAGUCUAAAGAGGCUGAUCACUGGGUCUAAAAAAGGAAGGUAUGAUGAAGAAAAAAAGCCAACUACUCCCUCCCAAAACAAGCAGAGACUGUGUCCUUCCACAAAGAGAUUCUCUCAACAAGAACUCCUGGAGCCAUCACAGUGUCUCACUUUUGAAGAAAUUUACAAGCUUAAUGCUCCCUUAGAGCCAAAAGCGUCAACUCAAGCAUCCCUGAAACCUCGGCCUUCUAAGUCCACCAUGAGGAUGGGGGCUUUUUCAGCGUGUGAAUCCGACAGUACAUGCUCCGAGUCUGAAUAUAGACAGUUUCAUAUCCCCACUCAGAAAAAAUAUAGGCAGGAUCAGUCGACUCCACCAGGACGUAUCUUAAAGGAGGAAAGCAUCCUGCCUGUCCACCUGACUACCAGCCCCUCUGCUGGGGGUCAGAAGGAACAGGAGAGAACUUCUCUCUCUAUCAUCGAACCCUGGGAAAAUAUUUUAGAGAUGCAUCUUCCUUUUAGCAGCUACGUACCCGUAUUUGAGGAUAUUGCAUGUCUCCCCUCUGCCUGUAGUUUUAGCUGUGAUAUGCAGAGUGACAUAGAGGAAGUUAUAUGACUUGUGGUCAGGUGGAUGAAUGCAACCUGUUGUAAAUGUUUCCGUUAUAAUUUCACAAAAUGCUCACAGGUGAUUUUUAUCUUGCUGACCUCUAAUAGUUUCAGACAUUUUUAAUAAGUAAAAUCCAUGUGAGUUUAAUACUUCUUUAUGUGGAUGUAAAAUGCAAACAAAAAUGUCAGAAUGCCGUCAUUAUUGUCUCAGAGCGAACUAGUUUUAAACUGACUUUCUUUUUCCUUACAAGUUAUCUGAAGAUGUUCAUGUAUACAAAUAGUCAAUGAUAUAUUCAAUGGGAACUCUGUUAAAUAUGAAUGUUUUCCCUGGAAAAGGGUAAACAUUUUUAAGGACUGUUAAAAUUGUGCAACUUAUCAUUAUACAUUUUUUGAAAAUUUCUAUUUAUCAAGGAGAUAUUUUUCCAAUAGCUUUUUAAUUUUCCUGGCAUCAAUGUUUAAAUAUUUUCAAGUUGAAAUAUUUCUCUAUUUAAAUGUUUGAUGUGUUUUAAUACAAUUU